AUGUCAUACUUUGUUACUGAAGCAUGGACCAAGGGUACAGUGUCUGGGAGAGUUCGAUAUUGCGACAUUCUUAUUCUGGCAGUCGGACUCUUGAUGGUGGGACAUUCCGUCUCGAUAAAUGGUUUAGCUACUCGCUGGGCCAAUCAUUUCGGGUGCAGUCACGAAUUAAAGAGUCAUCCGGCUCCUAGCUGGGUUCAAGCAGCAGCUAAAACUAUGUUCUCGACAUGCGCCCGCCAGGAAUUUUUAACUUCGGCAAGUUCUGCAGAACUGCAACAGAAAGAGCUUCUGGGGGCCUGGCUGAGGCAAUAUUAUUACUACGCUCUCUUAGGCACUGCUCCGAUCACCGAACUGCCCACCUGCCACUAUCAGCAUUCAUUGGUUUGGUUUGGUUGGUCACCUGGAGUCAAUUCCUCAAUUUUAGGCGGCCAAAAUUAUGGUUCAAAUUAUCGAAAGCUUGCUAUAGAGUUUCGUUCCUCCAAUUUCCUGCAAGGUCUCGACAAUAACAUGUUCGUAACCGACGAGGAUGCUGGCAUGCUUGCGCGAGAAGUACAAGAUUAA